AUGUGUGAUGCUCUCGGUAUCCACGUCGAUACUUGCUAUUCCUAAGCCCUGCCAACAUUUGAAUGAUAAUUGCUUCUCAACUCAAUCUCUUCUGAUUUCCUUAAUUUUCCCCGCACUUUACUUCUCGUCACGUGUACGAGCAGAUUAAGUCCCCAACCUAACCCCUCCGCCAAACUCAUCGUCUCAACCUUUCUAUUUCCUUUUUAAUACUUGAGAUUAUUGAAAACUAAACCCUAGUUAUUAGAACUAAAAAUCUACCACGAACACCGAACCCUUUUUGUCAAGUCAAAUUUUUGCAGAGAAAAACAAUGGCAAACUACAAGAAUGCUUCAAAACACAUAGCGGUACUGGCUUUCCCUUUCGGCACUCAUGCAGUCCCUCUUCUCAGAAUGGUCCGUCAGCUGUCGGACGCUUCCCCGGGCGUAGUAUUCUCCUUCCUUAGCACGGAACAAUCAAACAACUCAACGUUUCCCAAAGAUGAGAAGCUUGACAAUAUCAAGCCUUUUCAUGUCGGGGAUGGAUUGCCGGAAGGGUAUAGCUUUAAGGGGAACCCUCAUGAGCCCGUGGAAUAUUUCGUUAAAGCGUUACCGGGGAAUUUCAGGGAGGCCAUAGAUGCACUUGUGGCUGAAACUGGUAAGCGUAUUGAUUGUCUGAUAACAGAUGCAUUUUAUUGGUUUGCGGCUGAUAUUGCAGAUGAACUGAACGUCCCUUGGUUGGCGCUUUGGACGGCUGGCCCUCGGGCAUUCUUCAUUCACGCUGAGACCGAUGUUAUUCGCCGGCAUGUAGGGAUUAACGGUCCUCCAGAUAAGGCACUUGAUUUUCAUCAAGAAUUUUCUGCUAUAAGUAAUGCUGAUUUACCCGAUGGAAUAACCUCCGGGAACUUUGAUGCCCCCGUGCCAGCAUUGUUGGAUAAAAUGGGGCCAUCAAUGUCUCGCGCCACUGCAAUUGCCGCAAAUUCUUAUGAAGACUUGGACAAUACAGUGGUGAACUUGCUUAAAUCAAGAUUCAAUAUGUUUCUCAACAUUGGUCCGUUCAAUCUAGCAUCAGGUUCCCCAAUUGAUGACACGCAUGGCUGCUUGGAUUGGCUGAACAAGCAUAACCAAGCAUCGGUGGUAUACAUCAGCUUUGGAAGCGUGAUAUCACCACCACCCCACGAGCUAGCAGCAUUAUCUGAAGCCCUUGAGGAAAGUGAUUUGCCAUAUCUUUGGUCUUUCAGGGGAAAUCCUGAGAAGCAACUGCCACCAGGAUUCCUGGAAAGAACGAGCUCGAAAGGAAAGAUAGUUCCAUGGGCUCCUCAGCUGAAAAUAUUAGAAAAUCAAUCAGUUGGGGUUUUUGUAACUCAUGGUGGAUGGAACUCAGUAUUGGAAAGUAUCAUCGGAGGUGUACCCAUGAUUCUGAGACCAUUUUUUGGAGAUCAAAGGUUGAACACACGAACUGUUGAGUCAGUAUGGGGAUUUGGUUUGGGGUUAGAGGGGGGAACCAUCACAAAAGAAGGAACAAAGAAAGCCUUGAACUCCAUAUUGUCAACCGAAGAAGGGAACAAAAUGAGGUUGAAAAUUGGGGUCCAGAAAGAGCUUGCUCGCAAGGCAGUACAGCCGAAUGGUAGCUCUGCUGAAAAUUUCAAAACACUGGUAAAAAUUAUUAAUACCACUUGUCAUCAGCACAAAAGGUAGCACUUGAUACUACUAAUUUCAAUUGGUUGAAUAAUGAAAAUCUCUGCUCUGUAUGUCAGAGAUGAAUAUCAUAUCCGGUUCUCUAAAACUACAUUUGUCGUUCUGUUCGUGGUGGCUUGUCUUUUUAGAUGCAGUUUUUAUAUCCU